AUGAGCAUUGGUGGCAUCUCAGCUGAAUUCAGAAUGAGGAGAAGUAGACGUUUAGCAGCGAAAAAAUCGUCCAAAUUUUUGGAAACCGAAGGUAGUAGCCAAGAAGAAGGUUCAGAUUUAAAGAAUGACAACGAGAAAACUUUGUUCUCGAAAGGUCACGACUUCGUUAUUGAUAAAACUCCAUCAAAACUUGUUACUGGUACUACAGACGACCACGUGGAGAACAUUUCUCGAAGUGGUGUUAUUGUAAACAAUGUUGCUGCUGAUGAUGAGCUUUCCAGUAAUGACAGCGAUGAUGAAGAAGAUGGAAAUGAUGAAGAUGUCAACAAUCUUUUGAAUUUAAGAAUAACGAGUUCCCAAGAAGAUGAAGGAAAGGGAGAGGACUUUAUUAGCCUUUCAGAUGAUAAAUCCAAAACAAGAGAGGAAAAAAAGAUUAAGGAAAGGGAAAAAAAGAAAGGAAAAGAGUAAGUUUUGAGACUUUCAGAAAAAAUAACUACAAAGUGUGGUGAAUCUUUAUUCACCUCUCUUAGAAUGAGUGUUAUAUUAUGCUUAAACAAGAGGAGCAAAAACAAUGGCUGCUUUUAUGCUAGAGAGCAUUUAAUGUCUGAGAUGUUGAAGUUGAUUGAUGUAAAACUGAGACGCAUAAAUGUGGAUGACAACGGUGAAAAAAAAAACAAAAAAAAAAAAACAGGUUAUUCUCAAAAAAGACAAAACACUGACUCUUCCCAGUUAUUUCUGGAGGAAUUGGGCAUAGGUGAAUCCCAGUUUACAGUAUCCCCCUUUUUUACUAGAUGCAUUUAACAUCUGAGUUGUUAAAGUCAUCUGUUGAGUGUGUCUCAACAAUGUUUUUAAAAGGAGACUUAAAAGUCGUCAGGCAUUAAAUGCCCCUAUUGUAUUUACUGUCUUUAUACUAGACGAUGACUUUAACGUCUCAGUCGACUAAAAUGUCUCUAGCAAAAAACAGCCAUUGGGUCUAUUUAUCCUUGAGUUAAGAGAUGGAUGAUUAUCCAUAUACAUUAAUUCUCUGUGUGGACUCUUUUGGUACAAAAACAUGACAAUGAAACCCACUGAUAAUUUGCCUUGUCAUUUGUCUAUGUGUUAUAAAUCCAAGCAAACAGAUGGAUUAUCCAUCCUGAAUAAUAAUAAUAAUAAUAAUAAUAAUAAUAAUGAUAAUGAUGAUAAUAAUAACAGUAAUAAUAAAUAUCCUCUUGGGAUUAUAUAUAAGGACAAACUAAACAUAUUGUUUAUUCAGACAGAUAGUGUCUGUCGGCUCCCUCCAUUUUUCUAAUGGACUGCUGACAUACAGUGACUCAAAUUUCCUGACUUUGUUAGCAACCUGCUCGGUUAUUUGAGACAGAAAUUUCCACCUUUUUUGGCAUAUCCUGCAACAUCUUUUUUAACUGUCAUUGAGUUAGACAACUAUCAACAUCCACACCAUCAUGAGAUAGCAUUGAAAAUCUGUACUAGGGUUCACUCUCUGGACUCUCACUAGAACGUAAGUGAAACAAGACUUACUCAUGCUUGUUUUUGGUUAAUUUUGUGGCCAGUUAAUCUACUAAGGAUCCUUUAAAGAUGGAUUUCAUGGUAUACUGAUGCCUUGGUAGCUAAGAAUUUUUAUUAUUGUAACCCAGGGCUCGAACUUGGCGGUGGUCUACUAGCCAAAUACCAGUAGAUUUUGAUUUUUGGCCAGUGGAUUUAGCUCACUUACUAGCCAUCUUGGCUAGUUAAUUUUUGCCCCUGUAAACAACAUAAGCCUUGAAAUGUUUUCAACAUUUUCCCAGUUGAUCCGCACCUUCUAGUAACCUCCUAUUUCAUUCCCCCAUUAACAACUGGCAUGAAUAAAAGAAAGAAAAGUAAUUCUACAUAAGAAUAAUAUUCGUUAAUUCGGUUUUCAGUUUCGCGUUUAUUCGCUGCCAUCUUGAAAUUUUGUACAACCAGGGAGCAUGGGCCAAGCCGUACCUAUGAUGCAAAGCUAGCCAAAAAAGCAAAUGUCCGCCAUCUUGAAAUGCAAAUCUACGAUCACGGUCCACGCGUGAUUGUCAUCGAUAUGCAGUUUUUAUUAACGUUUGAUAACAACAGGAUUUUUGACAUUUUUAUUUUAUUUUAUGCUGUACAGAAGUGCCUAGACUAGUAGAAACACGUUUAUGGCUAGUAAAGCCUGAGCAUGUACUAGCCAUUUGACUAUUAAGUUCAAAAGUUAAGUUCGAGCCCUGGUAACCCAAAUCUCAUUCUUUGAUGAUUGUUUUUUAAAGGGCACAUCACCCCAAAUUUGACAAAAUUUUGAUGAAUUCUACAUGCUUUCGCCUUUAAAGCUCUGUACUAUUGGAGGGAAUCAGUUAAAACUAGUGGACUCGAUGCUAGGUUAAAGAUAACAAAAUUUGCCCAUUUGAACAGCUUUGGUCACAAGGCUGUGUAGAUAGUUCCCUGGGUUGAGUAAAACAACGACAUAUUUUGAGGCAUUGUUCUUAGCUGUGCUUCACUCUGUUGUAGCUUCUGUCUUAAUUCCUCUUCAACUGCUAUCAUCCUAUUGUCCUCUUGGAUAAACUGUUGACCCGCCAAAGGCUCAUAAGGAAUAAUAUUAGAACAUCUUCAUCUCCAGCCUCUCCACUCGCUUACGUAGUUGAUUACUAAUUGACUUCCUCGUGGAAGUUUUGUUGGAUAUUUGGUGCAAACCUGAGAAUGACAUUCCAUUCUGAGUUGUCAGAAUUGAUACUUGACAUGCUUUUUGUGUGAGUCAUCUUAUUUAGAUAAGAAGAUGGUGGUUCAACUGAGACUAAGCAAUACAGCAGCAAUGUGAAUGACAAAAAAAUGAUAGCUGGUUUGGAUUAGGAAAACAAUAGUUAUUCAUGUGCAUUCAGCAUUUUUGUACAUUUCCUUGUCGUCGUGGCAUAACCAGGAUAAGAAACUUCCUAAUUUCACCUUUUGUGGAGGACAUAAACACAAGACUUGAAAUGAUUUUCUAAUUCUUUUUUUAAAUCUAGCUAUACAUGUACAGUCCUCUAGAACAUAACUCCAGAAAAAUUCACCAGCAUUUGACAAAUUGAAUGACAGAGGAAAAGAACGAUGAGUAUUGAAACAGAGUGGAUUUACUUUUUAAGAGACCCAGUCCCACAUGAUGUUGAACUCUGACCAGCAUGCUGGGCGUAAGGAGAUUAAUCCCUCAACUCUCGCCCCAGCCAAAAAUAUCAUGGCCCAAGAUGUUAAUUCUACGUAUUUAAAAAGUGAAAAAAACCCUGAGAUUUAUCUAAAGUCAAAAACAAUCUGCAACAUCAUUCAUUACAAGUGUGCUAUAUUUAUUCUAUUCUUGAACAUGCUGUUUUAGUCUUGAUAUUUGUUUCUUACAAGAAUGGAACAUCAAGAUCCAAGCUUCAGAUUUAGACUUAAAAGAGUUUCCAGUAAAAGACGCUGUUUGCGGAACAUUUCUUUCUGUCAGCUCUUCCUGUUGCCUGUACACUGUUGACUUUCUAUUUGCUUAUUCUAGCUUCAUAGAACUCUCAUCAGAGCUUCAAGUGAACAUCAAUACAGAUGAUUUAUAUUUCAAGUUUGACAAAAAGAACUUCAAACCUGUCUCAUUUAGCAAAAGCUUUGGUGACUUUGCCUUCAAGGAUAAAGAGGUAAACAUAAUAUAUUUUAUUCUACUAGUUACACAGCGAAAUUUUGUGUUAACAAGUUAACCUGCUUUUAGUUCCUCACUUUGAGACUAACCAUUAAUUUUGCAGUUCAUCAAAAAGUUACAUCCAUCAUUAAAAACAAAUGGCCAGGAGAUUUAAAAAAAAAUAUUGUUAAUUUCGUCUGUUUUCUUUCAGCUUAUGAAGCGAAGCGUACUAACAAGUGACUUUGAAAAGCGGCAUUCUGUACCCCCCAUGCAUGUUCCACAGCAAGCAAUCAGAAAACAAAAGAAGGUAGGAUCAGGAUUAUUCUAUUAUGUUAAUCUAUGUUUAUAUCACUAAGAUGGCUCAACACAGUUUAAUACAGACUGUAGGUUGUGGAUGGUUGAGUACCAUAAAGUCCAUUCAUUGGGGUGUUGUAUUUCAGACUUGUUGUCAGGUAUUUGACUCAAGUUUGGCAUGUACAAAAUACAUGUAUUAGGUUAUUACACUUUUUAGGGUUGAACGUAAGAUUUCAAUAAUUAUUGUUCCCAUGACAACAUGGAUGUUUGAAAACAGGAGUAAAAUUUUAGGUUUACAUUAUUGUUAGGUUAUGCACAGCUUACAUUUAGUAAGCUUCAUUUUUUAAAAACAACUUAACCAAAUUGUAUCAAACAGUUUUGAAAUUUGUUAGAAAAUAGCUUUCAUGAGAAGCUUGAUUGUGUCAUGAAACUCCUUUUUUCAACUUUUAUUUUAGGGCUUUUAUUGACUGAAGUGUUAUAUGGACAGGAUUCGUUCCAAAAUUUGUCAAAUUGUUAUGAGCAGAUUUAUAGAUAGUUUUGUUUCUUUACAUUGCCUUUGAAAGUCAACAGAGCAAGCACCCUGACCUUGCUUCCUAUUGAGUAUGCAUGCUCAACAUUUGAGAUGUGGUUAGAUCAUGCAAUAUGUCAAGGGCAGUAAAUUGCUACUGGCAGCUUCUGGACAUUUUUCACAGCUUGUCCUAGCACUUUUAACAGUUUAUUAGCUGCAUAUAUUUUAUGGUAAAGAUGUUAAAAUGUACUCUAAAGGGAUAAAGCAUUUCUAGAGAAACUUUGUUCAGCCACUCAACCCUUUAGGUUCCAAGAGUGACCAACAUCAAUUUUCUCCCAACAACAUCAGCAGAUCAUCAAGAGUAAAGGUUAUGAGAAUAACUAAAUUGAUUACCAAAGGGAGAAGGCUUUGAUCUUAAACCAAAUUCUCUCAACUGUUCUUAAAAGAAAUGUAUGGAGAUCAGUCUGGAGAAUUUGUAUGUGGAUCUUAAGGGGGUGCUGAACGGAAAGAAUUAUAGUACAAUACUGCCAGUAGUGUUCAUGCACCAGACCUCCAGAUUCUGAUGUCAAACAAUAGAUAAUGCCAUGUGGAAUACAUUGUUGAACUUUGCCAAUUAAGAACGUUGAUAGCCUCUAUUUUGCUCAAGAAAUUUUAACUUUUUUUAUUUAAACAAUGAUAGCAAGAGAAUUCUGAAUUCACUGAUUGUAGGACAAAAAAAAAUUAAGGGCAAACCCUACAACUGUAUAUUCAGAAUCUGUGUGAUUUUGAAUUUGCUAGAAAACCAGAGGAGAGACAGCAGGACCAAUGUGGUAUAACUUACCAGCAACUCAGAUGACUCCAGAAAUAGAACAGGAUAUGAAGAUAAUGAAGAUGAGAAAUAUCCUGGACAGAAAACGACAUUAUAAGAAGAAUGACUCCUCAGCACUUCCCAAGUACUUCCAGGUGGGUUGCAUUCAAAAGAUAAUUGGGAGGGGAGGGAGGAGGAAUUUUUGAGAAAGCUUAGAAGAUUUUCAAAGCGACCCCCCAAUUCAAUCCUCGCUUUUUAGAAAUGAUCCCCAUAAACUUUACUUCAGUUGUGAAAGGGACCACCCACCCAAUUGCCAUGGAAACUAGGAAUACUCUAGCUACAAAUAGUGCCGAAGUUCAUCACAUACUUUAUCUACAGUAGUUAUGUAAGACCGAUGUUUACUAUUUAUGGCUGUUAAUGCUACGUUCGAUUUCAAUUCUCGCUUGUUUCCGCCUUGACCUACUUUCAUGAAAUUGAUUUUAGAUGACCCCCAGGUAAUAUCCCCCCAACCCAACCCUUCAAGGUUUUGAAAAUGACCUCCCAGCAAAAUGGCCGGUCUCCCCUCAUAACUAAUAAACAACCAGCCCUUGGGCUGUUCUGGUAACUAACCUUUUCACUCCCACGGCACAAAUCAUAUCAAAUUCAAGGAAACAAUCAAACUCCAUUUUGUGAUUUUUGAAAUACAAUACCGUAUGAAAGUACUAUAGAAGAGGUGUCAAUGAAUUUGAAUGGUUACACCAUAGGAUUUCAGUAAGUUAGAACUACCUGAUAUCCCUCUUUUUACAAUAACCGAGCAAUUUUUGGCGCACAUAUUGGAAUCAAAUUAAACUCUGAAAUAAUGGUUCAGUUUUAAUAAAAAUUAUUCUACUACUAUACCUCAGGUGAAGUGUAAGAUUUUGACUUUCCAUGGUGAAGAUUCUGAUGGAAAUGAAUAUUAUUGCAACUUGAAAAACUUGGGACAACUUUUUAAAGUUAAACACUUGUGUCAUUGAAAAAUGACCAAAAAUCGACCAGGCUUUGUUUUCCCUGUCUUUGAAUCAUUACUUGAUAUCUUUCUGUGCUUAAUGUGGAUCAGGAUAGAUGUAAUUAAGUUACUAUAAAACUCCUCCCUAAGGUUCAGUGUACAAUGUAUCAAGGUGACAUAUUAUUUGUCCUAGUUAAGUAGUUGCCUCCAUUUGUGGCCAUGGUGCAACAUGACACAAAACAAAACACAAUGUUUGUUUACCAAAGACACGGACAAACCGCGAACCUGCGUAGUUGUUGUUUUUGUUUCCUUUCAGCUAAGCUGGGGGAGUAUACGAGAUGCACGAGAAAAAGAACAAAUAAACGAGUUUGAGACAAGGACCCUAAUAAUUUUUUUGGUCCUUCUUGCCCAUAGUCCUCUACACAGCCGUUUUUUGUGCUGUCACGCAAUGCUGCCUUCUUGUGGGAAGGAACCUGCGCGACGUCCCUAAAAGCAGCUGCCAAGGAGACUAUCUUGCCCAAUACCCUCGAAAGUCUCUUGUGCUCACUCCAUUUGGCUUAAAGGGAAUGGAAAGGGCCAUUACACAGGCUAGUGCACCGGCCAGUUCAGGGUUUGGGUGGACGGUAAAUGAAAUUUGGCCUGGUAACUUUUGCUCGAGAACCACGCACAAGUCAGUCCCUUUUACUUACAAAUGGCCACAAAAACCUGAAACUGGUACAAAACAAUUGUUUUCAGUGAAGAAAUCGGACACAAAUUUACCAUUUGGAACAUUUUGUCUGGGAAAAAAGGACUACCUCUUCAACGUUCAGUUACUCUGGGAAGGUUGCAGUAAUGUUAAUUUUCAGAAACUUUUUGUAAAUGGUAAACCAACACGUACCAGUGCAGUUAAAUUGGUACUCUGUGGUGAUGACAUAAAUUGUAGUUUUCAGUGUGUGAAUAUUUUUUCUUUAAUUUUUAGAUUGGCAUGGUAGUUGAGGGAUCUGCAGAUUACUAUUCCUCCCGUAUCCCUAAACGUCAACGGAAGAAUAACGUUAUUGAUGAACUGCUGUCUGACGCUGAAUUUAGGAGGUAUGCAUUGUUCAGGUCACAAGUUUGUGUUAGAAGCUGUAUUAAGAUUCUUUUUGUUUACAAGAAGCCUGAUCAUAAUAUGGGCAUGAAAUGUCUCACAACAUAUGUUCAUUAUUACCUCUUUCGAUAGUGUACAAGAUAUUUUAAUUUGCCGUUUUCACAGUUAAAUGGAGAAGCAACUACCUUUCCAGAACACGUUCUGUUUUUCCUGAAAAUUGAUCCGCCAAGCAAAUGAGAUGCUGAAAAUAUAAACACAUAAGCCAAAAUCUGUCACUCGAGCUGAAAAUCCCGGCCCUUGACAUAAAAAGGGGCUUUAAUAGUUUCCUCAAAAUGAAUUAGUUUUGUGCACAAUUUUUAAUGGUUUAUGGGGAUAGUAGCUGUGCAAACUGACUACAAUUUUAACAGAAAGGAUAGCAUAUCAUGUGAUUUUAAAACAAGAGAGUUAGACCAGUGUAACUUUAUUUUUUUUUCAGUUGCGAUAAGAAAUGCAAAUUACUUUGGAUUUUUAAAGCUCUUUAAGGAAAUCCAAUUUUAGUUUUAAAUCAAAGUUCCUCAUCACUUUUAUUUUAGGAAGGCUUUUCAGAGGGGUUGAAGGGCUAACUUCGCACCUGCAUUUUUGUUUUUACAAAAUGUGUUCUUUAAAACCGUUAUGAUAACAAUUGUACGAGUAAUCUUAUUAAUUUUGUCUUCAACAGAUAUAACAAGAAAAAGUACCUAGAAAUACAAGCUGCAAAACAGAGUGGAAAGAAAGGAUUUUACAAAAAGAAGAUGAACAAAAGAAAGGCAACUUGGCUAAGAUCGUGA